GCAGAUGCAAGAACAAGAUUACUCAUGAUUAGAGUUUGGAUCACUUUUGAUGAUACUCCUGUCCAUGCUGCACAAGCUUUUUUAGAUCGGAUGAACUUGGUUCCACUGUGUAGUAUUUUGUUUCUUUUUGUUAAACGGUGUAUGAGUGGCCAGGUUGACUCUCAAAUUUAGUUCCUGGGCCUCGACCCUAGCAACCCAAAGCCUUUGCCCAAGCUCUGUCUCUUCUCCUUAAAACCCUUUUAUAGAAAUUUGUAAAAUCUCUCCCUCUUUGUUUGUGGAUGAAAAUGGAGAAAGCUUUCACUCUGGUUCAGACAGUUGCAGUGGCCACUGUCUUCUCUGCCGUUUCCGGCUGGUACGGCUUCAUGUUUGGAAGAGAAUCUGCUCGCAAAGAGCUCGGAAGCUUAAUCGAAGACCUUCGCCGCCAGAGUCUCAAUUCCGAUCCACCACCGCCGCCACCUCAUUCCUGACUCUAUUGGGUGGUUUGCUUCGAACCCAGUUGAUGGCUUCAGGUGGGCAGUGUGGAAUCCCUUCAUUUGUUUCAGCUCGGGGAAACAUUAUCUUCAGGCCUCACUGGAUAACUCCCUUGGCCAUCUUCGGCUGUUUUCAGGUCCUCUGACCUAUCCUUGACACCUUUGUAUGCUGACUUGCAUUGGAGAUACAGUUUUCUGCUGUCACAUAUUCAAGAUGAAUCAAUUAGAUAAUGUAGCUUGUGUUGAUCAAACUCUUCCGUGUUUCAAGUUAGUAAAGAGCAUUCCGUGAUUUAAUUUGUCAAUAUCACUUUCUGUGGAUCAUAGAGGCUUUGCACUACCUGUCAUGAUGAUGAAAUAAAAAAUGUAUCUCCGAUUUUCCUUGUAAUUUUGUUUAUACUUUUCUGAAAGGCUGUUGUCAUGAAUGCUGACUCGCAUUGGAUAUACA